CUGUGGAUUUCUGCGAGUAACUCCUACCUUCCAAAGGGAUUGAAGGGGGCACCGGCCGGACCCCCCUCUUGAUUGAUUAGUUAUUAGUCAUCCCCUUGGCUAAAUGGAACCAACUGAAAAGAAACCGUGGAACACAUACAUGAAUGAAAUAUUCCUGUGUCCCCUGAAUGUCUCCAGAGUAGUUUUGCUUAAGAGAGGGGGUCGUGGCUUAGCAAUAUAAAGAGGGGAAAACAGCAUAGCUUUAUGGGUUUAUUUAGACAGUUUAUACGGUUUGACAUUCUGCGGCUGUAAAAAGAGAGAAGGAAAAACUCGGGAGGAUCCUAAAAAGAAGAAUAUUUUGGACAUAUAUAUUUUUCCAGUCCUUUACUUGUUCAUUUUAUUUUUCCAUCCCCUCUUAUUUAGAUUUUUUUUGUUUUUUUGCCCGAAAAAUGAAACUUUGGACAUCACCCUGGGUGUCCUGCCUGGUGAUUCUCAUCCUGUGUUUUGGAUCAGAGUGCGGGACAGUCCGGAGAAACGGUAGAUCCAAGAGGGAGCUGGUGCGCAUUAUGGAGGCGAGAGCCACCAUCCCAGGGGCUUGUGCCACACGUCUGCCCCGGGGCAAGCGGUCUUUACCCGGGCUGGAGCGGCGGGUGCUCCGCCAACGCCGGCGCUCCUCUCACGCGGAGGAAAACUCUCCGGAACGGGGGAAGGCUGUUUAUUUUACCGGCCGGGGAGAUCAGCUGCGGCUGAAGCCCGGCGUGGAGAUACCCAGAGGCAAUUUCACUCUGGAGAUGUGGAUCAAGCCGGAGGGAGGUCAGCGAUCGCCCACAGUGAUUGCAGGGCUGUAUGACAAGUGCUUCUAUGCCUCCAGUGACAGAGGAUGGCUGCUUGGCAUCCAGGCAGUUAGUGAAUAUGGAAACCGUGACCCACGAUUCUUCUUUUCCCUCAAAACUGAUCGUGCUCACAAAGUGACCUCCAUCCACUCUAAUGUCCGUUAUGUACCCAACCAAUGGGCACAUGUGGCAAUCAAUUAUGAUGGUGUGUACAUGAAGCUCUUCGUCAACGGGGCCCAAGUUGGCGUUAGCCGAGAGCAGUCAGGUGAUGUCUUCAGUCAUUUGACCAAAAAAUGCAAAGUUCUAAUGAUUGGGGGGAAUGCACUGAAUCACAAUUACAGGGGGGCAGUUGAAAAGGUGGGUUUGUGGAAGCAAGCCCGCAGGCAGAGGGAUAUUAUCAGGGAUAUGCAGGGCCAUGAAGACCCUGGAGAUCUACCUCACUUAGUCAUUCGCGAAACCUUUGAGCACCCAGGCCGCAAGUGGUUGACAGUAAAAGAUGGCAGUUUUCCUCAGGUGGAGAAGGGAGGCCCAGGACGCCAUGGAAAUACUGAAGGAUUGUUGGACACAACUCUAGAACCUCCAGCUUGUGGCCAAACUGUAUGCGACAAUGUGGACGUCAUUAAAAACUACAACUUGCUUUGGACCCUCCGUAGGCCAAAGAAAGUACGAUAUCGUGUUGUAAAUAUUUGGGAUGAUGCAAAGAAGAGGCCAACUGUAUCAGAGAACCAAAUUAUCUUGCAACACCAGAAGCUUAAUGAUGCAUUCAGUCCCUACAACAUAUCCUGGGAGCUCAGCAUCCAUAAUGUGACCAGCUCCUCCCUACGUGACCGCUUGAUUCUUGCCAACUGUGAUAUUGGCAAAAUUGGUAACGAUGAAUGCGACCCUGAAUGCAACCAUCCACUGACAGGGUUUGAUGCAGGUGACUGUGUGUUUGGACAUCCAAACAACUGUCCUAACCACAAACUGGGAAAUGGAGUGUGUGACCCUGAAUGUAACUGCGAUAAUUAUUUUUAUGAUAACGGCGAUUGCUGUAAUCCCAAUCUGACGGAUGUGACCAAGACAUGCAUCAACAGCUCUUCUCCACACAAAGCCUUUUUGGAUAUGAAAGAGCUGAAAGAGAUUCUACGUUUGGAUGGUUCGACUCACCUGAAUGUCUUCUUUGCCAACUCUUCUGAUGAAGACCUGGCAGGGGUUGCCACUUGGCCCUGGGACAAAGAAGCCCUUACACAUUUGGGUGGAAUUGUGCUAAAUCCAUCCUUUUAUGGAACAUUUGGUCACACUGACACAAUGGUCCAUGAGGUUGGACAUAGCCUUGGAUUGUACCACGUGUUUCGAGGUGUAUCAGAAAUUGACUCCUGCAAUGAUGCUUGUUUGGAAACUGAGCCCUCAAUGGAGACUGGAGACCUGUGUGCCGACACCAAUCCCACCCCAAAGUAUAAAGAAUGCAAUGAUCCUGAACCAGGCAAUGAAACCUGUGGCCAUCAGCACUUCACACACACCCCGUUUAACAACUACAUGAGCUACACAGAUGAUGCUUGUACAAAUUCAUUCACAUUGAACCAGAUGGCUAGGAUGCACUGCUACUUGGACCUCAUCUACCAAACGUGGCAACCAGCAAUCAAACCCCCUCCAGUGGUGAUGGCACCCCAAGUAGUUGAACAGCAUCACAACUCUGUUACCUUUGAAUGGUUUCCACCAAUUUCUGGACACUUUUACGACAGAGAAGUGGGAUCAGUGUGUGAUAAAUGUACGGAGGGGAGAGUUCUACUACAGUAUGCCUCUAACUCUUCAUCCCCAAGACCAUGCAACCCUUCUGGACACUGGUCCCCCCGAGAAGCUGAAGGCCCUCCAGAUGUGGAGCAAGUUUGUGAGCCAAGUGUACGCACGUGGAGCCCAAAUGCAGGAACUGACCAAGGUGUUGUUGGCCUGUCAGAGUGCCCUCCACAAGGCUGUAUGCUUCAACUGGAGUUCCAACACCCAGUGGUGCCCGAUUCGCUGACUGUAUGGGUGACGUUUUUCAGUCCAGAGGAGAGCGCUCUGCCUGCUAUCCAUGACAUCUUGCUUCUGACUGUGACUGGAAACAACAUUUCGCUGGGCCCCAGUAAUGUUUUCUGUGACACCCCAUUGACUCUGAAGCUGGACGUGGAAGAAGAGGUGUAUGGUGUACAGUUUUACACAAUGGAGCAACACCUAGAGAUUGAUGCAACUUUAUUGACAUCCAAGCCAGACUGCAUAUUUUGCAAGCAUUGCAAACCACUUCGCUACCGCUUGUUGCGCCAACCAGCCUUCACCCAUGCCCCAUAUGGCCUGAUACUAAUUGAACCUAUCCGUCAAUAUACAGACAGGGAUGUGGUAUUGCAUGUCCUACAUACCUACCAGAUCCAGACAAUCUCCCGCUGGGGUAAGAGUGAGCCCUCUCUUCCCCUGGUGCAUGAACUUGGGGGUCCCUUUUGUGGAGAUGGACACAUCCAGAGUUCUAAAGGAGAGGAGUGUGAUGACAUGAACUCUGUUAAUGGGGAUGGCUGUUCAAGUCAGUGCAAAGAAGAGCCCUUUUUUAACUGUGUUGAGGAGCCAAGCAUGUGCUACUACUAUGACGGCGACGGGGUGUGUGAGGACUUUGAGCGGGAAACGGGUGUGAGGGACUGUGGCCUUUAUACACCCAGUGGUUACUUAGACCAGUGGGCUUCCCGUGUUGAUGUGUCCCAUGAAGAAAAGCCAUAUUGCUCUGGGGAAGUGGCUGCUGGGUAUCCUGCUGUUACUAAGACGUGUCAGUCCAAAGUCUUUGAUCUAUCUGAUGGAGUCUCUCAGUAUGCAUGGUUCCCUUGUCAAGAGGCUUACAGGCUAACAUCGGCAUAUUCAACCUACUGGCUGAAGGCAUACUUUUCCCAUCCCAUGGUGGCUGCAGCAGUAAUUAUACAUCUGGCUGCUGAUGGGACAAAGUUCAUUGACCACACACAGUGCAAUAUUACUGUUCAACUGGUGGACACCAAGGAUGUUUUCCAUAGUCUAGGUGAGUGGCGUCUGAGCUGCCGCACUAACCCUUUGGUGAUCCCCGUGAGCCAUGACCUAUCAGUGGCCUUUUACCACACCAAGGCUAUCCUGGUCAUGUUUGCCUGUCAACUGGUCGCCAUCUCUGGUAUUGGCCUGCGAUCCUUCCAGUCUUUUGACCCCAUCACAAUCAGUGGUUGCCAGAGUAAUGAGAUCUACAACCCCACAGGACAGAGUUGUGUACAUUAUUCGUGCGAAGCCAUUGACUGCCAGGAACCCUUAAUCCGCAAUGCAGAGCUAAAGUGCAGUAGCCCUGGCCGGCACUUCUACAAUGGAGACCGCUGCAUCAUCUCCUGCAACUCGGGAUAUGUCCUGCAAGUCCACCAGGAAGAUGACAUCAUCAAGACCCAGUCGGAUUCUUCAGUCACAAUAACCUGUACUAAUGGGAAGUGGAACAAGCAGGUAUCCUGUGAGCCAGUGGACUGCGGUCUGCCAGACAAAUACCACGUCCAUCCUGCUCAUUUCAGCUUCCCAGAGGGCACUACGUAUGGCAAGAAAAGCACCUUUCUUUGUCGAGAACCUGCCCAACUCAUAGGAACCAACAACACUCUUACCUGCCAGGAAGAUGGUCUGUGGUCUUUCCCUGAGGCUCUUUGUGAGCUGCGCUGCUCAGCCCCUCCUCCUGUACCCAAUGCUGUGUUACAAACAAAGCGCUGCAAUGAGACAGGCCUAAAAGUUGGCACCCUCUGCAAGUACAAAUGCAAGCCAGGCUACCAUGUUACUAAUAAACCCAAACGACGUGCAUUUAAGCGCCAGUGUACAGAAGACGGCACCUGGCUGGAGGGGGCGUGCGAGCCAGUGACUUGUAAUCCUCCACCGCCCAUCUUCCAUGGCUCCUACUACUGUACUGAUGGCUUCCGCUUUGACAGCGUCUGCAGACUCAACUGCUCCGAUCCCGCCGGUAAUCAUGAAGGAGGCUCUGCCCAUACGGUGAGGUUGCUGCACUCUUCCUGCAAGCAGGGCGCAGCCUCCAAUAUGAUCCGCUGUAGGAAGGAUGGAAACUGGACAGGGUCGUUCCGCCUGUGCCCAAACAGCAAAGGGCAAUGCUCGUUGCCUCAAAACCUGCAUUACAGGCUCCAAUACUCAUGCAAGCAAGGACAUGGAAUAGGUGAGGAGUGUGAGCUCUCAUGCAGAGAGGGUAACAACGAAGUGGUGAUUCUCCCUAGCAACAUGACAGCAAAUUGUCUACUUGGAGAGCACUGGAGGAACCCGCAAAAAGUCAAAAGCAUAGUCUGCACGAUGGGACUGAAAUGGUAUCCUCCUCCUGAACUGCUCCAUUGCAUCAAAGGAUGUGAGCCGUUCAUGGGAGACAACUACUGUGAUCCAGUCAACAACAGGGCCUUCUGCAACUAUGAUGGAGGAGACUGCUGUCAGUCCACUGUCAAGACUAAGAAGGUAAUCCCAUUCCCCAUGUCCUGCGACAUAUGGAAUGAGUGCUCCUGUCGGGAUCCUAAUGCUACAGAGAACCGAAUAGAUGAACGUAUCCCUUCCAUGGGGUGAUCGACUUGAGCAGGGAUCUUCAUUCACUAUUCCAGGACCCUUCCUCUAACACAACACAGCCAGAAUGGCUGACCCAACCUUCUUCAUCCUCAUUUUGGUCCACAGUUUCCUGCACAUGCUGCUAAUAAAGGCAUACCUUUCCAUCUGUACUGCAAUCCCGACCAGCUUCCAUCUACAUAUGAAAGGAAGAUAUAGAAGGAGAAUGAGACUAAUGAGACUCCACUGAAGAUGUUAUUUCUCUGCAAAAAAGAAAGUAACCUGUGCAAUACUAUCCUUUAAGGUAUAUAAUAUAAAAAAAAAGAUGAAAUAGACAUUUUCAAUAAAUCACCCAAAACAAACAAAAAUGUAACCAAGCCUAGAUAAGCAUGCCUUUUGUGCUGGUUUUAGCAUUGGUUUUACUCCAUGAUCACAUGAUUGAACCAAAGGUUUAUCAAAACAUACAAGUUUGGGAUUGUUUCGAUACUGGCUCUUGUUCUGUAGAUAAAAUGACUAUGUUGACCAGAGAUUUUAAAAAAUCCUCAUAUACCUUGAAUCCACAGCACCUUCUCAAGGUGCAAUCCCUUGCCUUCUUUCAGAGGUUGUCUUUUGAUCAUUUCUGAUUUUAAACUAGUCAAAUAUUCCUUACCUCUGUUUCCUUUUUAGUAAUUUAUGCUUCUUUAUGGAAUGUCAGUGGAUAUGGGGAUUAUAUGAGACACCCAUAUUGUUUUAAGCCACAGAAAUGACUCAAAAAACUAGACUACUAUACACAAAUACUCAAAGCGGUCAACUACAGUAAAAACAGUCAGGUACAAUACUGUUUAUAUAAAAAAAUCUGUAUUUGAAAAUUUAGUGUGGCUUUUGCUUCUUUCAAUCCAUAAUAAGUAGGAGGUUUAGACAGCUGUGUCUUCCUUGCUGCUUAUAGCUCCUACUGAUAGCAUUCAUUCAUUUCUGCAUGUUCUUACACAACUCUGUCACCUCACAUUUAGAAAGAAAACAUGUUGACAGCACCGCAUAUGAAAUGCACUAACAACUUAAGAAAAUCCAGAACCUCACUUGGCACCCCUCUUCUUAUGCAGCAGCCCCCGCGAAUAACUCUAUAUACCUUGAUUAUGACUUAAAGAAUGUCGUCCAUAGACUCACUUAGAGUUUGAGGUGAUUUUAAUUUCAGUCUAAACUCUUUCCUCAUGGAGCUAGAUAAAACCUUUGUUACCUCAAGAACCAUCUAAAACUGAAAACAAAAGCUGAAAGUAAAUCCAUCCCAGUUCCUUUCAGAAUGUAGUCAAUGCUUGUCAAAGGCUUGUGGCUUUCUUGGUCUCAGUACUGCACACCACAUUCACACAAAAGUGCUGGGAUAAAGGGUUGGCUAAACUAUAUCUGUGCAACUCUAACCCUAACACCAUCCCACGCCCCCACCCAACCAACCAGCAUGCCUAACUUCCACAGAGUUAGCAGAGUUAUAUAUUAAAAUGACAUUUGGAUGUAUAUGUCAGCACAAAAUUCCCAGCCACAGAAUGCUCAAAGCUCUGUAAGACAACCUGCUGGGUCUGGUUUAGGUCAUUCAUUCAUUCCGCUUCCUCUUCAGUACAAAGUGCACUUCUAAACAGCAUUUUUCUGUGUUGCGUGUUCCCAUAAAGUACCUUUGUUAAACAAUAGAGCUGCUAUGAUAGAUUUCUAUUUUGUUACUCCACUUUCCCGACAAGAACAAACUGAUCAGUUUCAUGCAACAUUUGAUAUUGUAGUCCGCUUGGCAUCUUGGUCUAAACUUUGCUUGUACUCUUUUGCAACAACCACGAUCAUAGUGGCAAUUAGCAUGAUUAAUAAUUAUGAUUUCACUUCACCCAUGGUCUCUCUCUGACUCACAUUUGGCUGCUAUGGCAUUCAAGAUCCUUCCUGUAAACACAUUCCUACUUGUCAUUUCAUAGCCAAUGUUUGUGGAGACCUAAAAGAAUAUGAGAACAUGCAAAGAAGAUGUGAAGAUAUUUACCACAAAAUAUAACAAAAGAAAAUCCAAAAAAUGAUUCAAUGACGGAAUUAUUAAAGAAUUGGUUUGAUUUACUGUUUUGCUUUUUUUGGAACAUGCCAUAUUUAAUCAGUGUUUGUAUCAAUGACCUCAGUUACUGCACUUUCUAGUUAUUAGAAAAAAUUUAUAUCUUUCAAAAACCUUUAGAAGCUGCUAUUAUCAAAAUGGUGAUCUAAGGUAAACUGUAUAGUAUUUAGCAAUAUGACUCUCUAAGUUGCUUUUUGCUUUUCUACCAGUCAUGUUUUUACUUGGUUUUUGUGCUACAUUAUGUAGAUGACAUAUUGCUAUGCUCGGCAGCCUAAAUAGGGUAUUUGCAUUGGACGGCAUUAUUGAAGUAGGGUGGUACUCCAACAUUUAAGCAUAUGUUCAUUUACACAUCAUCCAAAACAAAUAGAUCUAUACUAAUGCUUUUUCAAGACAUGUAUCAUGAGUUAUUUAAAGUCAAGCUAGACCGCAAAUGCUAUGUCUUGUGUUCUGCCUUGGUGUUUGCGUAACAUCUUAGGUUUCAGAGGAAAAGUGGAGAGACGCAGAAUAUAGAAAAAGAAGAAACCCCCAACAAAAAGGAUAUUUGGAAGACUUUGUAACUUUUGCAAAACAUGAAACUUUGUGAGGACACUGAAGGCUACAUGAUCUUUGAUGAUUACAUUUAUAAACUUUAUAUGAAAUCUAUAUAUUCCUGGUAAUUGUAUGUAUUCGAGAUGUAAUGUUUGUAUUCUAGAUUCUGCUGCCUCACACAUGAUCCAUACCUCUAAGUAAUCUGGAGUCACUCCACAUGCAGUGCUAUGGUUUAUCAUCUGCUACCAAGGUCAGAGAAAAGCCAUUCUAACUGUUUAAAUGGAUCAGUCUCAAACUAUGUAAAUAAUUAUAAACUUAUUGUCGCCUAAUCAGCAGUCUCUUCUGCAUAAUUAUAUCAUAAUUAUGUAAUAAUUCUAUCAUAUUAUGCCAGUAUAUAGAUACCAAAACAGAUGAUUGUAAUUCCACAAAAGGCAUCAGAAUGUCACUACAUCAACUUCAAAAACAAAUUCUUCUUAAGAUUGGGGAAGUUACCCAUAAGCCAUAGUUAACAAAGACAGUCAUGGGCAGAAGUAUACAUUCGUGCAUCAGAUAAAGACAUCACCUCUGUACUGUAGCCAACACAUGAUCCCUUUGCUGUACCUCAUGCCUGUAAUGUUUGCUGCUUCUAUAGCUUUGGUAUUUUAGUGACAUUUGAGUCUCAUAACAAUGGUGUAAAUAGUACAACUAUUUAUUGAGAGUGUUAUACUUUUUUAAGUUAUAUUUUAAGUUCCAUUUAAAUUAUUUUUUACAUUGUUCCUAUAUGGACUAGCGCAUUAUAUGUUGUGAGUCAAUUUGUCUAUGUCGUCACAAUAUAUGGAUUGUGAUUGUUGCUGUCAGGCACUGAUCAGACAUGUACAGUACAAGUUUGGCCCUCAACCACAGAAUAACUUCUUUCAAUAGUAAUUAUGUCUAGAUGGAUGGUGCUUGCAAAAUGUUAACUUUUUUCAUUUAGAGCCAGAAUUGUGUUUAUUUCUGUCUUUCUAUUUUUUUAAUGCACAUAAUAGCCAUAUGUACAAGGAGUGCUAAAAAGAGAACCAAAUGAAAUGCAUUUUUGCUUAUUAUUAACAAUAUAUGUCCAGCUGAAGGCAAGAAGUAAAGGGACAAACAAUUAAGGUAAAACAAUGAACUAGAGGUUAUAUGACACCAAACAGUGAGAGUUCUUGGAUGGGGCAAAUGUAGAAGGUGGGCAGCCAGUGAAGGGGAGAGAGAGAGAGAGAGAGACAGAGAGAGAGAGAGAGGUAUUUAAGGAUUGGCUGCUUUUCCUGGCCUGUCGAGCUAUUUGUCCAGGUGUGAAAGUAUGUACUCAAAGAGGCUGCCCCUGAGCAAAGAGCGGCCAGCCUGACUGGCAACACGCUAAGGCCAGUGAGUCAGAGUUUCUCCUGGGGAUGGCAGCCAUCCCACGAUGGGACUCUCACCUUCCCUCCCUCCACCUCACUUACCUCCAUCUCCCCUCUAACUCGACACACAGCCUCAUCUGUCACUGUCAGGUAUGCCUUUGUGGGGCAGCCAGGGUCAAGCUGGCCCUGUGAAAAUGAGAGGGGAUGUUUGCCCAGCUUACAGAACCAUUUGAAGUUAAGAUGAAGGAACACACUUCUUCCCACCUACAGUCUAUGCUUAUCACACCAUAGGAAACUAAACCAGCCUUCUUGUUUGACAGGCUUUGAUACCUCCAUGUUCAGCACCAAGAUUUGCUCCUGUAGUUCAAAUGAAACACCUUUUGUUUUUCUUGUCUACAGAUGUCAGAUGUUUCUGUCUAAUUCAUCAAAAAAGCAGAGAGGAGAACUGGAGAGUGUGAAGCUCUAAUGAUUUUGCUCUGAUCUUUGAAAUGAAAGGUCAUAGUGUUUUCUGAAAAUGUCUUUGUGUGCUGUAACACAUGAAGUACUUCUCACAAGCCUUUGGUUAUAGAUUAGUCCUAUUCUGUCUGUUUCCUUAUUCUUCAGUGAACAAAAAAAAGUUGAAGUAUAGUUUGUUUUUUUCGUAAGUAAAAAAUACAAAAAAAUGUACUACAUAUUACGUGAAUCUAGUAGUGUUACUGUAAUGUUUCAUACAAAACUGUUUAACAAAUAUAUUUUAAGAUGUAAAUAUAGAUAUUACCUUAUGAUUGUAUUCAAAAACAUGUACUAACUGUUUGCAAAUAGCUCUUGGAUUGAUUUUUACCAUAAAUAUAACACAAAAAAAAAGAUCAGUGAAACGUAGUGUCAAAGUAUCGCCUGCAAGGAAAAAAGUUAACAAAAAAAAGUAGUGAUGCUUUACCACACCACUUGCUGUCAGCAUUUAUUUGUUCAUAAUGACCUAGUGUAAGCACUGUUGUCAAAUGUAUAAACCAUGAAUUUAUCUGUUGAGUCACAUAUUAUUUAUUUGUUGUCAAUAAAAAAUAAUAAUAAUCAGAACAGUCA